AUGCUGCGUAUCUUUUCAGCUGUGACAGUAUGUACUAUUCUAGCGACGCAAAUACCGUCUAGGGCACUCGGCACUACUAUAGCAGAGAGGCUCUUUCAGUUUUUUCAAGCUCUUCAAGAGGGAGACGUUAUUUACACAACACGGGCUUCCUACCAGCAGAGAAAUUCCCGAGUAGACUGCGUCAUGCGUACUAAAAUAAGUUCAGACAAUACAGUAGUAAGAAUGUGCAUGCAAAGUGAAAUAAACACUCCACGACUAAAACCGCAACGUAUGAAGAUCACAUACAGACGAACCAGGAAGUGCGACGUUGUCACUGAACGGUGGAGCAGAGGCCAAUAUACACUGACCAUUCAUUAUGUCGGAGAAGAGUGCGUCGUGUAUUCAGUGAAAGAAUAUAAACCAUUGACGCCAGACAUGAGAGCAUGUGGUAUUUGGCGUAAAAAUAUUGGUCAUAAUGUGCCAGAGGACGACGAAUGCCAAGGGAACGCCACUCAAGUGUGUGGCUCUACGUGGCGUCCAAUUUCGAGUCUUAACAAGUGCGGCAGGGUUCCAACUCCCGAGUGCAAAUACUACCAAGACACGUGA